AUGUCUUCUCUUGUUACUGAUAGCCUGUUCGGGGUGAAGGGGUAUGUAGCAGUUGUGACAGGAGGCAGCAGUGGACUCGGCUUUAUGAUUGCCAAAGGACUUGUGGCAAACGGCGCCAAAGUGUACCUCGUUUCUUUACCAGAUGAUCCCAUUGACGAAAGGGUGUCCGAACUCAACGAACUUGGAGAGGAAGUUGGAGGAUCUGCAUAUGGAAUCCCCAGCGAUGUUUCCGACAAGCAAGCCAUCCAAGAUCUGGCCUCUCAGAUCGGCCAUCGAGAAAAAACACGUUGA